AAAAUCAAAUGAAUAAUUUCAGUUUUACUGUGACAUAAAACAUAAUUUAACAUUAUGUUGCUUUUCAGUGUGGACGAAAUUGAUAGUAAAAUGCUACUGUCUCUGCAAGCAUGAAUGUUAAGCCUGAUCUGAGUCUGAAUGAAUGAGGGCAUUUGAAUUUAAAACCCAAACAAAUCCGAUAUUGCCUCACCUUUCCAGUAAAUUCUUUAAAACUCAUGGAGUUUUUACCCCUUGUUCCCCUCAAUUUACAUUUUAUACUAAAUACAUGGAAUUGUUUUAAUAUGGAGAUACCAUUGACCCUUUUGCAAUGUGAUAUGCCAUUUUAGGUGGUGUGUUGAAUUAUCUGAAAUUAUAAUAAAUGGUUUUAUAUUUGACCUUCACUGAUUUAGUUUGAAGAACAAUUUCACUUUGCUAAAUAGCUACUCAAAAAAAUACUUUGGAUGUUUUUUUUCCCAUGUUAUAUCAAGAAGUAAUAAGAAAUAUAUUAUUUUAGUAUUUUGGGGGUGAGGUACUAAUAGCCUUCUAUAUAAAUAUUUAAUUGGGUUUUAAAGCAACGGUACACAGCUUACCAUUACUUCCUUAGAAAAGCUAAUGGCAUCGUAGUGAAAAACAAAAAAUAUCCAACUUAUUUCUGCUAAUGUACAUCAAUAGUGUAUUAAUGAAUUAGUAGCUCUGAGCCAAUCCAUAAACCCACCUAUAUUAUGGGUUGGCUGUGUUCUCCUUUCCUGUGUGUGGCCCUUUUUCCCCUUUUCCCCCUGUUGUCUUUGUCUGUGUUGUGUUUGUCUGCACCUGAGGCUGCGAGAGGCGUGACCAGGGAGGAACUAGGUCAAGGGGCGUGGCCAUUCACUCCUGCACAGUCUCCACACAGCUGCAGCUCAUUCCAUUCAUCACCUCUGCAGUAUAUCUACCCAGGCUGUUCACCUCUUCGGUGUCAGAUUGUUAGUCUACACUUAUGAUCCCGCUCAAACUGCUGCUGCCUGCUACUUACCUGAGUUACCUGCUUCACUGCCUCCCGCCGAGACCUGUUCAGCCAUCCUCUGCCGCUUUCUGCGGAGCUGCCGACUUCAACCCUGCACCGCUCACUCACAUUCCCCCUGUAUUCCCGUCGCACUUAGUUAAGAUGGUUGGAGAAUGGUCACAGAUAAUGCCUGCCACAAAGGAGGUCCAGAUAAUGACUGGCCAGGUGAAAAAGGAAGUAGAGGAGAAAAUGAAUAAGAAAUAUAAGAUAUUUACAGCAAAGAGUUAUCAGCAACAGGAAGGGAAGGAAUUCUGCAUUAAGGUUGAAACGGGUGAAAAUUGUCCGGGUUCUCUCUAUCUGUAUGUGUCUCGAGAUCUUUCUGCCAAACUGAAGCUAACGGAUGCAGUCUGGAUAGAACUCUCUGAGCUCUGUGAUGCAUCAACAUUGCCAUUCCCCCUGGACCAGCUACAAUACCUGGGAUUGAAGACACCUGGGAAGAAAUGUGACAUUUUCAGAGGAAUAAAUUAUAAGACUCUCUUAACUCGGAUGUUGGGAUACACAAACUACUUCAUCAAGGUUCAGGUUGGCGAAGGCGAGGAAGACUAUCACAUCCUGCGUGUGGGUUGUGCAGUUACCCAAGUAAGAAGGCCAACUCUGACCAACCUGCUUGAGAACAAAACCCUCAUUGAUGACAUUGAAUACUUUGAAUGAUCCCUGACCUCUAACCUCAUCAAGUGCUUCUGAUGACCCUUGACCCAACUGAGGACAAACUUGAAUUUAUAUUAACCUGCUCAGUUCAAGACAAGAUCUGAUUGUACUUCAUGGUUAAUAAAAACAUGACAUUAUAAAAA